AUGCUGCCUCGAACAACGCUCCGGGCCCGGGUCCCUAGAUUGGUGUACAUUCAGUCCACUCGUUUGACGUCCAGGCUGCCUCUGAUUCGCAUCGAAAAAGGCACAUUCUAUAAGCAGUAUCCCACCGACUCCGAUACCGCGACCAACCCGCCGCUAUAUCCGAACUUCAGUUUCAUUCUCCCCUCUGGCGUACCUGGCUCGGAGAAAAAAAUCAUUUCAAAGCCUUCUUUGCAACACUGGGCUGUAAUUGGUCCAUCCGGGCGAACAGAUCUGCUGGACAUCCUGCGUGGCCAGCAUAUCUCGAUCCCGCCCGACGCUCGAUCGUAUCCCUACCUCCGCUCCAAGAAACUCGCGAAGAAGGACCCCCAAUUGCGCGAUGUUAGCAAUGCCAUUCGAUAUAUUGGAUUUAGUGGGGAGGGUUCGAACGCCAUUGGAGGCACCCGCGGCGCGUACCUAAGUGCCCGCUACGAGAGUCAUCGCGAGGAAACUGAUUGGACGGUGGAACAAUUCCUUCGUGGGCAAACCUCGCUGAAUCCGAUGGAAGGAGAAGAAAAAGGAACGAUAUAUGAUGAAGCCUUGUUCAGGGAUGUUGUCGUCGACCUUCAUCUGGAGCCGCUGCUCGACAUGCCUGUGGCUAACCUCAGCAACGGUCAAACCCGGCGAGCGCGGAUUGCCAAGGCUCUUCUGAGGAAGCCAGAGCUAUUACUUUUGGAUGAGCCUUUCAUGGGACUGGAUCCGGCCACAGUUCGAAGCAUUUCAAGUUUACUUCAUCGUCUGGCUGAGAAAUGUGCUCCAAGACUGGUUCUUGCCCUUCGUCCCCAGGAUCCUGUACCAGAGUGGAUCACACACUUAAUACUUGUCGGCAAUUCGCACAGAGUCAUUGCGCAGGACACAAAGGUGAAAGUCCAACACGCCAUCGCAAUUUGGCAACGAUUUGGAUUCGACUCUGACGUGAAAAAUCCUGAAAAACGAAUCAUUGACCGCGCCAGAGUUCAUUGGGCAAAUGGCAAUCUAGAUGAGCAUCUGCUCCAGGACUUGACUUCCCACCAGCCUCAAAAGGCUUCCAGUACAAUAACAGCUUCUCUGAGCGGGGAGGUGUUGGUGGAGAUGGAAGGAGUUCGUGUCCAGUACGGCGAGAAGGCAGUGCUGGGAGACUGGAAGCAAGAAGUAAAUGCCGAAACCAAAGACGGCCUACAUUGGUCGGUCCGCCGAGGCCAACGCUGGGCCAUCCUUGGCUCCAAUGGCUCGGGGAAAACAACCCUUCUUUCAUUAAUCACCUCGGACCAUCCGCAGACAUAUGCGUUGCCUAUAAAACUUUUUGGUCGAUCUCGUCUUCCCGAAGCGAGCAAGCCGGGAAUAUCCAUUUUUGAAGAUCCAUGCUUUUUCCCACGCCAGUUGACAAUACGGGAGGCCCUCGAGUCAGCCUUUGCGGAGACAUUUCUUUCGAAACCAAAACUCAACCACGAGCGCGACCUCGAUGUGAGUGCCGCCCUGCGGUUUUUCAAACCCGAACUGGACUUGAAUGCCGCUGAAGAUCUGCCAAAGGUGUCUACCGAUACCAAAAUCUUCCCUAAACUGGCUCCUAAACUGGCUCCCUCCAAGCCAGUAGAUUCAGACGCGCGCAAGCGACGCUCCAAAACCUCUCCCUAUUUACCAUUAGACCAUGAAAUUGAAUACGCCGAUCAUGUUCGAUUUGGUCAGCUCAGCACGGCACAGCAGCGUAUCGUGUUGUUUCUUCGUGCUCUGAUCCAUAAGCCGGAUAUUGUCAUUCUGGAUGAAGCCUUCUCGGGGUUGACGGCCACUCAGCGCGAUAAGUGCCUGCGGUUCCUUGAGGAAGGCGAAGGCGAGAAAGGAAGUGAUCAUCCUCGGCAUCAGGGACUAUCGGAAGAUCAAGCCCUCGUUAUCAUCAGUCAUGUCAAGGAGGAGAUCCCUGAUAGUGUUAGAUUCUACAUGCGACUUCCCUCAAAACCCGAAGAUGGCUCGGAGGCACUGGAUUUCCGCUGUGGGAUGCUCAAAGAUACUACUGUUCUGCGCGACGCCGAGACCUGGAACCUGGUGUGGUCCUCGCCCUCGCAAUUUUCCCAAGAGAGCUGUCAAACAGCCGCCACAACUCACGCCUCGGAUGUGGACGACCAAAAUGAUGCUGCAAAGCUUGGGUAUUAUACCAUAUAG